AUGCCCCUCGCCGCCUCGACCUCGUCUUCCCCCGUCGCCACCCCGUCCGUGGCCGCCCGAAGCACGAUCUCGUCGGCGCCUCAUCCCCACCGGCCUGCUUCCUUCUUCGUCGUCGUCUUCGACCACCACCCCGAGCACCGCUGCCCGAACCCCUACCGGCCCCGUGAGCACGCGCCCCUCCCUCCUCUCCCUCCCUCGCCCCGACGUGCUCCUACGCGCGCACCCACGACCGGCCACCGCACGCAUGUGCACGCGCACCUGACCGCGCCCUCCUCCCCGCGCAUCGCGUCCGUCCCGCUGCAGCCGUGUUGCUCCGCUGCCGCGGCUCUGCUCCGCCAGAGCCGCCCGCCUGCGUCGCGCCUAGGACCGCCACCCGCCUGCGCCGCUGUUGCGUCUACUGCUGCAACUCGCACGGCCGCGCGCACCUCGCGGCUCCCGGCCGAGCCGCCUUUGCCUCCUCCAGUUGCCGCGACGCCGCCCUUCCUCCGCCCUGCGGCAGGGCGCCUGCAUGCCGCCAUGGCCCCCCCGCUCCAUGCGGCUGCCCUGCUGUGGCCGCUGGUGCCCCGCAGCUCCCCGCGCCCGGCGCUGCUUCCGCCGUCCCCGGCCAUCAAGGCCUCGGGCGCUCUCGCCCUCGCCUCUCGUGGCCUCGGGUGUGAGCACCCGCACCUGUACGCCCGUUCGCCCGAACCCGCUAUGGCCCCCUGGCCCAAUGACAAGUGGGGCCCAGCCCCUGAGGACGUUUAA